AUGCGUCACUUCUCGUUUGUAAACUUCCUGUAUUAGCCUCAUUAGCUUCUGCUCUUGUUUAGUUGUAGCUGCUUUAAUGUUUGUAGCGAACUGAAUGUUUAGAAUAACGCCGCGUUUAAAGAAAUCAAAGACAGUAUUCAUGUGAUUUAGCUGAUCGGCUAACUCGCUAGCAGCAGCGACUGUGAUGAUGGCGUCCGGUUUCACCGCUAAAGACGAGGACGGACGUGUUUCGGUCUCCGGGGCUGGAGGCGGCUCUCUGCUGAGCAGGAAGCCCGACAACACGGCCUUUAAACAGCAGAGACUUCCCGCAUGGCAGCCCAUCCUGACGGCGGGCACCGUCCUCCCCGCCUUCUUCUUCAUCAGCCUCGUCUUCAUCCCCAUCGGCGUCGGCCUCUUUGUGACGUCAAAAAACAUCAAAGAGUUUCAGAUCGACUACACGGGAGACGACAUGUCCAGUCCGUGCUUCAACUGCUCCCAGAACAUCAGCUGGAACAGCACCAGGCCGUGCACCUGCUCCAUCCCCUUCCACCUGGACCAGCCAUACGAAAGCAACGUCUUGAUGUAUUACGGCCUCUCCAACUUCUAUCAAAACCAUCGUCGCUACGUCAAGUCCCGAGACGACAACCAGCUGAACGGCAACAUCGACUCUCUCACUAAACCCAGUAAGGACUGCGAGCCGUAUGCCUUUUAUGAAAACAAGCCCAUCGCGCCAUGUGGCGCCAUCGCCAACAGCAUGUUCAACGAUACUCUGGAGCUGUUUUACAUCGAGCCCAACGGCACCAAAACCAGGAUUCCGCUGAAAAAAAUGGGCAUUGCUUGGCCGACUGACAAGCAUGUGAAGUUCAAGAACCCAGGAGGCAACAACCAAAACCUCACAGCGGUAUUCCAAGGUACAAGUAAACCUGCAAACUGGCACAAAUCUGUGUACGAGCUGGACACCGACCCGGACAACAACGGUUUCAUCAAUGAAGACUUCAUCGUGUGGAUGAGAACCGCCGCACUGCCAACCUUCCGCAAGCUGUACCGCAUCAUUGAGAACAAGAAUGACGCCGCGGUUCCAACUCUUCCUCAGGGAAACUACACAUUGGAGGUCGUCUACAAUUACCUGGUUCGCAGCUUUGACGGCCGGAAGCGCGUCAUCCUGAGCACCAUCUCCUGGAUGGGAGGAAAGAACCCCUUCCUGGGUAUCGCUUACAUCACAGUGGGCUCCAUCUGCUUCUUCCUGGGCGUGGUUCUAUUGAUCAUCCAUUACAAAUACGGAAAGUGCAGCAGCAGCACCGAAAUCCCGAGCUAAAAUACCGACCGGGAUCCAUGCCUCCUUUUUGUGACUAUGGAUAUCUUUGAUCCACUGACAUAGAAAAGUUUGAUAAAUAUUUGGGUAGAGUGAGAAGUGUCCAUAUUUCCAUUCAGGUUUUUUUUUUACUUGUGUUUUGGAUUGGUAACAGAAUUAAAGCCUCAUGAACAAAUUUCCACAAAACCUAAAAAGGUCGCGUCUAACCUCAAACAGAAAACGAUCUGUAGAAGAUAAAAAACAAAAACAGUGCAGAGCCAUUGAUUUAUUUUUGGAGGUGGCAAUUCUGUAUGUAGCCGUAUUUACAAUACGCAGUUCUAGUUAUCCUGCAACAGACUGGCGUCCUGUCCUGGGUGUACCCUGCCCCGCGCUCUAUGACUGCUGGGAUAGGCUCCAGCCUCCCACGACCCUUAAUUGGACUAAGCGGUAGAAGAUGAAUGAAUGAAUGAAUUCUAUUUAUAUGUAGUGCUUCAGAUUGGUCAAUCUAGAUCAUGAUUAUGGGGCUACGUACCUUUUUAAAUUUUAUUUUCUGUCUAUAUUUAGUGCCAAAAUUACAUUUUGAAGUAAUGAUCUCAAACGCUUUCUGGUUCCAAGAUAUGUAUUUAAGAUAAUUAUCCAUGGUUAUAAUGAUUAUUAUGGAUGCAUUUUAUACUUGAAGUAAGAAAAUAAGGAAAAUGAUUCUCAUGAUUGGGAUUUCAACCCGGGUUCUUUGGCUCAGAAGUGUGAUGUCCUCCCAGUUAUACUCACACUACAAUUUAAUCUAUAGACCAUCGAUACAGCUACGUACGGAUAGUCAGUUUUUUUGCGUGGGGUUUUAAUACAGCAGACUUUGAAGAGUUCUGGUGAAAAUGUUGUAACCAUCUUAGAAUACAUUAUUAAAUUCUGGGGCAGAUCUAUAAAUUGAGGCAUUGCAGGCAAUUUUAAAAAAAUUCUAAUGGUGUAAUAUGGUGCGUUUAAUUGUUGGUGUUGGAAUUGGUUCUAGUGAGUUAUGUAGAAGUUGGAUUUAGCACUCAGAGCCAUAUGGUGUGAAAUGGAAAAAGUGACCUAUGUUUUGCUGCUUGUGGUGUUUCAAAUAUUUUUUUAACACCACUGCAAAGUGAUUUUUGCACAAUCCUGUCAGCAGAGGGUGUGUUUGACCCUCAUUCUUUCACUGUCAGCUAAUUUGUCAGAUUCACAGUAACCUCUUAACCAAAAAUAAUCAACAGAGUUCAGUGAAAUUUUGAAGCGGGAUGAACCAUGUGCCAAAAAAAGUUUUGUAUGUGUCUUUCACUCGUGCCUUAUGAUGUCACAAAAAUAAAUGCAAAUGCAUCACAAAGUUCUGCCUUCUCUUAAUGCCCUCUAGUGGUAAUGAUUGAACAGCUUGUUUUGAUUUCAAACACCUGCUGAAGAAAAAACAGAAUUGGCAAAUUUUUAAAAAUUUCGGUAAAAGCAGAUGAGACAGGAAGGACUGCAAAAUUUCAGAAUAAGAGCUCUGACAGAUGUGUGGUGAGUUGUUAAAAGUUGCAUGCUGAUUAGAAGUGGUUUGUGUUUUAUGUUUCAGUUUGUUAAAUGAAAUGUGCUUCAUGAUUUUUGAGUUCUGCAACACAGAGUGACUUUAGCAGCUUCAUCAUGAUGUUUCUUGUAAGUAUUUUAUAAAUGUUUGUAUUUUGAAGUAUUUGCACACCAGACCUCAGGGAUGCUGCAGUUUAAAGCUUCAUAAAACAUGAGCUUGUGGAAUCACCUUUUAACAAGCUGUAUCUUAGUUUUUGGUUCUGACGUGUUUGGUGGACGGCUGCAGGAUUUUCUGUGUUAAUUCACAUUUGUCUGCUCGUCACUUGGUGGUCUGAGCGAACUUGUUAAUUACUCAGUGUUACUUUAAAGCAGACCACAAACUAUACUGAUACCAACACUUAAUACUUAUGCAGAGCAGAAAUUUAUUAAAUUAAACCAGUUGAUAUGUAGGUCAAAGUUCACCAAAGAUGAGCUCAGUGCACAAAAUAAAAAACAUGUUUUUUGCAGAAUAUGUGGAAAAUGUUUGUUAAUCUAACAGAUGCACAUUGUAAUAGUUCCAGGACAGAUGUUUUUACAUGUUCAAAUAUUUUGUUUUUUUUUUUACUGUUGAAACAAUUGCUUGGUUGCCACGUGUCACUUUGUAGUUGCACAUGAUCGGUGAUGUCCUUUGAUGCAAGUUGUAUUUUCACUUUCAAAUAAAAACCUUCAAACAAUU